AUGAGUUCUUCUUCAUCUCAAGGAAUUAUGCAACCUGGAUCAAUAAAUGCGGUCCUACCAGUAAUUCCUAGCACAUUUCCAAAGUUUCAGAAGCUGUCCUUUGAGUUACGCGAAAUGAUAUGGAAAUGGACCUUACCUGGAGCCCGAAUCAUUGAUGUAAUUUACGACAUAGACCAGGACAAGUACUUAUCAUUCCGUUCUAAACCACCCUCUCUACUGCACACAAAUAGAGAAGCCAGAUCGUUUGCACAAAAAGUCUACAACUUGUGCUUUCCAACACCAUCCCACCCGGCGAAUAUUUACAUGAGAUACGAUAUCGAUGUUGUCUACUUCUCCGACUGGCUUACGGGCUAUAAAUAUGAGGAGAACGGUUGGUUUGAACAUGCUGCCAUUGGUCCGCUUGGUAAGAUGGGAAUAGGAAGACAGGAUUUGAAAUCAAUUACAAGAAUAGCUGUCAACUCGAUCUAUUUUGACGUACCCGAGGGAUUUUCGGCCAACAGCAUAGAAUAUUUCUGUCACGCUACAUCAAAUGUACUCGCCAGAUUCAGUUCCUUGAAGAGACUAUACGUGGUUGUUGAAGAUAUUAACCCCUAUCAGAAAGGGGAAAUUACAUUUCACGACAUUCCUGCCAAUAUACGCCUUCACCCUUCAGUUUUCUGCGCCUUCUGCGGGGCUCACGAAAUAGUCAGAGGUUUUACAGACGUGAAGUGGGAUUUGACUUGUACUUGGAGAGUCCCUUCUGUUUCGGUUGUGGGAGCGGCUCGUGAUGGUAAACUAUCACACAUGGGUCAGUAUCAACGUUGCGAGUGUAACAACUUUCCUCAAAUACCAGGUGUGACUUAUCAACACCCCCCAUGCGAGGAGUAUCGCCCUAAGCCAGCUAAGGUCGCUGGUCAACUUGGUGACGUCAAUGCUGAUGAUGAUACACCCAAGUUAGUCGAAGAUGACUUGCCGGAAGAAGAAUGGGGUCUCGCUGAGAAUGAGCUGGAUGAAUUGAUCUCAGACGAAGAGGCCUAUUAUACAUUCGUUGCUGAUUAUUGUGAGGGAGAGUAUGGAGUUAACCAUGAGAAGUGGCUUGGCAUCGACUAUUUGCUGAGUCAUCCUUCCUUGUGA